AUGGCAGGCUACACCAACGCGAUUGCCGGCGCUGCUGCUAACUUGACGUCCGACACCAACGCCAAUCUCAGUCAAGAAUUUGUUACCGCGUUUCUUGAUGAUGUCAAACAUAGAUUUGACAUGGCAUUUCAGGAUCUGAGAAAGAACGUCACGAAUAAUGAAAGGUUACUCGAGUUCGUUCGCAGCUACUAUGAGAACAGACUCAACACACUCGACUUCUACGAGGCCUUCCAACAACAUCAAAACCCUACAAAUAAUCCAUUGAUCCUUGAAAGGUUUUUCCACAAUUUAUCGUGUUUUAUAAUGCAGCAUUCGAUGAUGAAGGAGACACUCCAGUCGUUGGACAAGACCUUCACGGAGAGGCUAGAUUGGAUCGACGCCUCCAAGAAGGCGUCUGCUGUUUUCUUUACAGCGGCGGUCGCUAUCUGCGUUUCCAAUACCAGAUUGGCCUCCGUGGCAGCUGCGGCGGCGGUUGUGUUAAUCGAGCUCAGGAAAUGGAUCCAUUCACUUAUGAAGAAGCGUGAGAGCACCAUCGAGAAAUACAGGGAUAUAACACGCGUUAUGACUAUGGGCAUCAAUAUGGCCACCAAGGAUCUCCAAGACAUUAAUGUGUUGUCUCGACAAUCUGUGUCGGAAAAUGGUGGGGAUCACAACAGCCUGACGGCGAACUUAGAAGAAUUGCUAGAGAAAGCCGACGGCUUCAGCCGUGAUAUGAAGUGGGUUAAACAAUUUGUGCUACACACUAUUAUUAAAUGUACACUUUAA